CAAGUGCUUUGUGGCCUUGGUGGGUGGGAGAGGGGGCUUCCUGCACCUAACGUAAGUCCCUGGCCUCCGGAAUACAACUUGGGUAUUGAACGAGAGUCUGUCCCUGCAUGGGUGCGUAUAGCCCCUGCCAGUGACCAAGUUGCUGGUGUUAUCAUGACCGCAAUGGCCACCCCAUGGCGCUAGCGCCCCCUUCUGGGCACCCUACUCUCUAUGCGCUCACGAUUCGCCUGUGCAGAAUGAGGUCCCCGGCUGAGAAGGAAGAUGGCCCUGUGGAAGGGCUGAGCCGGGACCCCUGGGGCCUUCAUGGAGUUGACUUGGGAGCGCGUGGUUCCCAGGCUCCGGCUUCCCGCUGACGCCGCCGGGCCGCAGCGCCCCCGCCCCACACCAGGAAUGUUCCUCUGCACUACAGCCCGCCGCCCCGAGGACAGGCCCCAGGGGGACGCCACAGCCCCGCCGAGGAGGGGCGAUGCGGGCAGGACGCCUGGGUUCCCUCUGCACCCUCCCAUCCCAGGGAGAAAUUCCUCCGAGGGUCGGGUGCGAGCCCCUUGGGGAAGCCUCCGGAGCGUGGCUACGGCCCAGCGCACCGGCCCCGGCGGCCAUGGCGGGCACCCUGGACCUCGACAAGGGCUGCACGGUGGAGGAGCUGCUCCGCGGCUGCAUCGAAGCCUUUGAUGACUCCGGGAAGGUGCGGGACCCGCAGCUGGUGCGCAUGUUCCUCAUGAUGCACCCCUGGUACAUCCCCUCCUCUCAGCUGGCCGCAAAACUGCUCCACAUCUACCAACAGUCCCGGAAGGACAACUCCAAUUCACUGCAGGUGAAAACAUGCCAUCUGGUCAGGUACUGGAUCUCAGCAUUCCCAGCAGAGUUUGACUUGAACCCAGAGCUGGCGGAGCAGAUCAAGGAACUGAAGGCGCUGCUAGACCAAGAAGGAAACCGGAGGCAUAGCAGCCUCAUCGACAUCGAGAGCGUCCCCACCUACAAGUGGAAGCGGCAGGUGACCCAGCGGAACCCCGUGGGACAGAAAAAGCGCAAGAUGUCCCUGUUGUUCGACCACCUGGAGCCCAUGGAGCUGGCAGAACACCUCACCUACUUGGAGUAUCGCUCCUUCUGCAAGAUCCUGUUCCAGGACUAUCACAGUUUCGUGACUCACGGCUGCACCGUGGACAACCCUGUCCUGGAGCGGUUCAUCUCCCUCUUCAACAGCGUCUCCCAGUGGGUGCAGCUCAUGAUCCUCAGCAAGCCCACCGCUCCUCAGCGGGCGCUGGUCAUCACGCACUUCGUCCACGUGGCUGAGAAGCUGCUGCAGCUGCAGAACUUCAACACUCUGAUGGCGGUGGUCGGGGGCCUGAGCCACAGUUCCAUCUCCCGCCUCAAGGAGACCCACAGUCAUGUCAGCCCUGAGACCAUCAAGCUCUGGGAAGGUCUGACGGAACUAGUGACAGCUACAGGCAACUAUGGUAACUACCGGCGCCAGCUGGCAGCCUGCGUGGGCUUCCGCUUCCCCAUCCUGGGGGUACAUCUCAAGGACCUAGUGGCCCUGCAGCUGGCACUACCUGACUGGCUGGACUCUGCUCGGACCCGGCUCAAUGGGGCCAAGAUGAAGCAGCUGUUCAGCAUCCUGGAGGAGCUGGCCAUGGUGACCAGCCUGCGGCCGCCCGUGCAAGCCAACCCCGACUUGCUGAGCUUGCUCACGGUGUCUCUGGAUCAGUAUCAGACGGAGGAUGAGCUGUACCAGCUGUCUCUGCAGCGGGAGCCGCGCUCCAAGUCCUCGCCAACCAGCCCCACCAGCUGCACCCCCCCUCCCCGGCCCCCAGUGCUAGAGGAGUGGACUUCGGCCGCCAAGCCCAAGCUGGACCAGGCCCUCGUGGCGGAGCACAUAGAGAAGAUGGUGGAGUCUGUGUUCCGGAACUUUGACGUCGAUGGGGACGGCCACAUCUCACAAGAGGAGUUUCAGAUCAUCCGUGGCAACUUCCCUUAUCUCAGCGCCUUUGGGGACCUGGACCAGAACCAGGAUGGCUGCAUCAGCCGGGAGGAGAUGGUCUCCUACUUCCUGCGCUCCAGCUCGGUGCUCGGAGGCCGCAUGGGCUUCGUACACAACUUCCAGGAAAGCAACUCCCUGCGCCCGGUCGCCUGCCGCCACUGCAAAGCCCUGAUCCUGGGCAUCUACAAGCAGGGCCUCAAAUGUCGAGCCUGUGGGGUGAACUGCCACAAGCAGUGCAAGGACCGCCUGUCGGUGGAGUGCCGGCGCAGGGCCCAGAGUGUGACCCUGGAGGGCUCCGCACCCUCCCCUUCCCCCACGCACACCCACCACCGGGCCUUCAGCUUCUCCCUGCCUCGCCCUGGCAGAAGGGGCUCCCGGCCCCCAGAGAUCCGCGAGGAGGAGGUGCAGGCGGUGGAGGACGGAGUGUUCGACAUCCACUUGUGAAGAGCUGACUGUAUCAAGGACUCAUUCCUGCCUCGGAGGAAAGAUUUGGACCAGAGCAGGGAGCCUGGGGUUCCGGGGCAGGAGUCUGGGGCUGGGGUUGGGUGUGAGGGUGGCAUGUGCUGAUGGCAGGGCCGGGGACAGCGUCCCUAAGGUUGUACAGACUCUUGUGAAUAUUUGUAUUUUCCAGAUGGAAUA